AUGACAAAAACAUUAACAAGUAAGAAAGAGAAGGAUCUCAAACGUAAACAGCAACACUCGGAAAUAGAAAGAAAUCGACGCAUUAAAGUAAACAAGAGGUUUGAUCAGCUAAGGGAGCUCGUGAGUAAGGAUGAUAUGAAGGCUAAGCCGUCGGAUUUCAAGUUGCAGGUGCUGGAUCAGACGGUGGAAUAUAUACACAAGCUUCAAGAUGAGCUGAGGUUGCUAAAGUCAGAGGAGUCAUCAAGGAGGUCGUCAAGUGGUGACAUUAAUAGUCCAUCAACUAGCACGCCAAGUAACCCAUUUCAAACAGAUGAAACGAUAGUGGCUGAUGUACUAGUGUCGCUAUCAACGCCAGAGUCACCAUUCACUAAAUUAGCUAUGGCUAAUAAGAUACCAGAAGAUUUGACAUUACCACCGUCAAUAAAAAAUUGAAUACCAAAAUGUUGAUUGUUCUGUCGGUCAUGCGUACAUAUAUUGCUUUGUUACAUUCGAAAACCAUGCUGGGUAAAGCGGGAAAAAUUGCUUUAAGCAGCACCUGGAACGGCACGACGUUGACGACGCUCUGGACCUUGGUAAGCUGAAACAGCUGCGACGUUGACUGGGAGUGAGUCAAAGCCGAGUGACUUGAUGAGGUCCUGGUGUCUGGGUCAACUUCGAGUGGGUUCUCAGUUGUGUCGAGUGCAGAGACGUCUGGAACGUAUUGAUCCUUACGCUCACGCUCUUCCUCUUGGAGCUUGAAUGAGAUACCGCGGACAGGACCCUUUUGGAUUCUCUUCAUCAAGUGAGUGGUGAAACCAGCGAUCUUGUUACGGAGUCUCUUUGAAGGGAUGACAGCAACAUUGUCUGCGAUCCUCUUGUUGGUGUGGAAGUCAAGCGUAAGUCUUGGGUAGUACUUCUCAAUGAGAACGCGAGAAGCGCGCUUGACUGUCUUUGUACGGACGCGACCC